AUGCCAGCCAAAGUGAACAAGCCCAAGGCCAGUCCUCGGAAGAAUGUCGAUCGGGCCCAAGCGUCAAAUGACGCCAAUCUCCUGCUGAUGUGGGCUUGCUACAGCAAUAAUGGUGGUGGUGCAAUUGACUGGGCUGCGGUUUGUGAGUCGCUGAACAUCACUCAAACUGCGGCCAAGACUCGUUACCACCGGCUCCGAACCCGCAUGAUUGCUCUAAUGGAGGCCCGCAAGGUGGAAGACACAUCCGAAGAGGCUCCCAGAGCACCUGAGGAGCAAGCUGUGGCUGAAGAUUCUGAAACUCGUCAUGCGGAAAGUGAUGAGGCACAAGGAUGA